CGUCGCCCCAGGCAACAGUGACAAGCGCCAGUAUGUAUGUAGGAGACCUGUCAGUGACCGGGCGACGAGUGGAGAAGGUGCGCGGUGACCGGGGGAAAGAGUUAUUUUUUUAAGAAAAGAUGGCUGCUCCACCGCCUCCCAAGGAAACGGUUGUCAUCACCGGAGGUGGCGGUUACUUUGGACACAGGUUAGGCUGUACACUGCACCAGAUGGGGGUCAGUGUGGUUCUUUUCGACGUACGGAAACCGGCACAAGAUCUUCCUGACGGCAUCCAGUUCAUCCAGGGCGAUAUUCGCUCCCAGUCUGCCGUGGAGGAAGCUUUAACGAACGCCUCCUGCGUAAUCCACACGGCUUCUUACGGAAUGUCCGGCCGGGAGCAGCUCCAGACGCAGCUGACCGAAGAAGUCAACGUAAAGGGGACGGAGAACGUCAUCCUGGCCUGCGUAAAUAAAAGCAUUCCCAGGUUAGUCUACACCAGCACCUUUAAUGUGGUCUUUGGGGGACAGUCCAUUAAAAACGGAGACGAGUCCAUGCCGUACCUACCUCUGAACCGCCAUGCCGACAACUACUCUCGUACCAAAUCCAUUGCUGAGAAGAAAGUGCUGAACAGCAAUGGGCAGCCGCUGGCAAAUAAAAGGGGAUGUUUAAGGACCUGUGCCCUCCGAUCCGCUGGAAUCUACGGUCCCGGGGAGCAAAGACACCUUCCCAGGAUCAUCAAGAACGUCGCCGCGGGGUUGUUCAUAUUUUCUUAUGGGGAUCGUAAUAAUCUGGUACAGUUUGUCCACAUCGAUAAUCUUGCGUCUGCCCAUAUUUUAGCCGCCAAAGGUCUUACAGAUGAGAUGAAGCACAUAGCCGCUGGCCAGGCCUACUUCGUGGCAGAUGCCGCCCCAAUCGAUAACUUCCAGUUCUUCCGCCCCUUUAUUGAGGGUCUCGGGUACAAGUUCCCUUCAUUCCGGGUGCCCCUCUUUUUUGUGUACUUCAUGUCCUACCUCACCGAAUGGCUACACUUCCUCAUCAGGCCCAUCUAUAACUUCCAGCCCUUGCUGACCCGCGCUGAGGUUUACAAAACGGGGGUCACUCACUACUUCAGCCUUAACAAAGCCAAGAAGGAGCUGGGAUACGAGCCCAAACCAUAUACUAUGCAGGAGGUGGUUGAAUGGUACCGAACAAGGGGUUAUGGGAAGAAAGUCAAAAAGACCAAAAGUCCCAGCGUCCUCUGGGACGUGGUGGUAUUUGUAGUGCUGGUUGUAGCGGUGCUUGCGUGGGUUCCUACGGUGGUGGGGUUAGCCCUAUAGUCCCCAAAGUAAUGAUAUAAAGUGAUUGUAAAGCAUGGCUUUACUGUAUAAAGCUGCCAUACCUUUGCAAACACUUGCUUUACUUAUCUUGUACUGGUAUUGAGUUAAAGGGGUUCUGCA